GUAUAUGAGGAGAGACGGAGCCGCCGCUCAGGACUUUGCUGCAGCAUCUGUGCCCCGGUAUAGCCCGCACUGAGAUUAGAAGUUACAACCAUGGCUGUCGAUAUGGGAUCUGCUUUCAUUCAGCAUCAACAGCUCAGCGCUGCUAUGGCCGACACAUUCCUGGAACACCUGUGUCUCCUAGAUAUAGAUUCUCAAGCAACAACUGCUAGGAACACUGGCAUUAUCUGUACAAUUGGACCCGUCUCCAGAUCUGUUGAAAUCCUGAAGGAGAUGAUUAAGUCUGGGAUGAAUAUUGCACGCAUGAACUUUUCCCAUGGAUCGCAUGAGUACCAUGGAGAGACGAUCCGGAAUGUCCGUGAAGCAGCAGAGAGCUUCAAAUUAAAUCCAAUUUUUUAUCGGCCAGUGGGCAUUGCUCUGGACACAAAGGGACCUGAAAUCCGCACUGGACUCAUCAAGGGAAGUGGCACCGCUGAGGUGGAAUUGAUAAAGGGAAACAAACUUAAAGUCACUCUAGAUGAUGAAUUCAAAGAAAAAUGUGAUGAAAAUGUCCUGUGGGUAGACUACAAGCAUCUGAUUAAAGUGCUUGAUAUAGGCAGCAAAAUCUAUGUGGACGAUGGCUUGAUUUCCCUUCGUGUGCUGGAAAAAUGUGCCCAUCAUUGUAUGACUGAGAUUGAGAAUGGAGGUACGCUGGGUAGCAGGAAAGGUGUGAACUUGCCUGGCGCAGCAGUUGAUCUCCCAGCCCUUUCUGAAAAAGACUUGAGUGACUUGAAGUUUGGUGUUGAGCAAAAUGUAGAUAUGGUAUUCGCCUCUUUCAUCCGUAAGGCGGCUGACGUUCACGCAGUCAGAAAGGCGUUAGGCGAGAAAGGAAAGAACAUCAAAAUUAUCAGCAAGAUUGAGAACCAUGAGGGAGUGGUCCGAUUUGAUGAGAUUCUGGAGGCGAGUGACGGCAUAAUGGUUGCCCGUGGUGACCUCGGUAUUGAGAUUCCUUCAGAGAAAGUCUUCAUUGCCCAGAAAAUGAUGAUCGGACGCUGCAACAGAAUUGGCAAGCCUAUCAUCUGCGCUACUCAGAUGUUGGAGAGCAUGAUCAAGAAACCCAGACCUACACGAGCCGAGGGAAGUGACGUAGCCAAUGCUGUUUUAGAUGGCGCUGACUGUAUCAUGCUCUCUGGAGAGACUGCAAAGGGAGACUAUCCACUUGAAGCUGUCAAAAUGCAGCACCUGAUAGCUCGUGAGGCAGAGGCUGCAAUGUACCAUCAACAAGUGUUUUCGGAGAUCUGUCGUCUCUCAACUAUCUCCCCAGACCCCACGGAAUCUACUGCCAUUGGUGCCGUGCAGGCCUCUUUUAAAUGCAUUGCUUCUGCAAUUAUAGUCCUGACCACCUCUGGCAGGUCUGCACACCUGUUAUCCAGGUACCGUCCACGAGCUCCCAUCAUUGCCGUAACUCGUAAUGAACAGACUGCACGGCAGGCCCACCUUUACCGUGGUAUCUUCCCCGUACUCUUCGCCGAGAAUGAGAAAGGUGGAUGGGCUGAUGAUGUCGAUGGACGAGUGAAUUUUGCGAUGGAAGUUGGCAAGGCUCGUGGGUUCUUCAAGAUUGGCGACCUGGUGAUUGUGAUGACUGGCUGGCGCCCAGGCUCUGGAUCGACAAACACCAUGCGUGUUAUGCCAGUUUCCUGAAUGAAGGAACCAAUUCCUGAUGCUUGCUGCAGUUCCCUCUCCCCUUAGGCAGCUACAGCUUUCAGUGAACUGCAGAGCAGUUAGUUGCCAACUGUUAACCUUAAGUGAAGCACCUCCAUUUAAAAGUCAGUGCAAAGUUCUUGUUUUGUCUUCUGCUGCUCCCGAUCAUCACUCUUAGCUCUGCUAUACCACACCUGAAUGUCUAUAAAAGUAGUAUUGUGCCCUUCAAGUAAAUCAGUGGUUGACACAUGAGCUUUUUAGAGCUCGGUAAUGCACUCCAGUAUUGGUAAAAUACACUGCUUCGAAUUGAAACUAGUAGUGACUUUCUGAAAUGCCCAACUUUUCUGUGUUUAAAAACAAGCAAUCUAGUUCUGCACUGAGGUAGAUCAAGACAAUUCACUGGAUGUAACGUGCUGUUGUGAAUAUAGGAAUAAAUGUAUUUAAACUGUUGCACGUUUUGUCCUAUAUUUAAACUGUUGCACGUUUUUGUGGGUGACCAAUAAAAGCUAUUGCUGAU